AGCAGUAGGCUACAAAGAGGCAUGUAAUUGUAAUCCCAUUAUCCUAUCCAAUUCCAGGCAGGAUCCAUUAGCAUUCAAGCAGAGGAUUCACAUACCCCUACCCACCGCAAUCCAACAGAACAAAACCAUCCCUUGAAAGCUAAACAACAACUCUCUCUCUCUCUCUCUCUCUCUCUCUUUCCCUCUCUCUUGUCAAUGGAGACUCUAUCUUCUCUAUGUACAAGCCAAGCGCUAAUGUCCCGUCCAUCAAGUCCAGCCAUUUUUUGCACUAGUGGGUCUGUUUCUUUUACUGGGUUUUCUCUAAAAACUCAAGCUUUUUCAAAAAAGAAACAGACUUUGAGUUUUGUCAAGGCUUCUGUUGCUGUCGAGCAGCAAACCCAGGAAGCUAAAGUUGCUCUCAUUAGAAUUGGCACUAGAGGAAGCCCGCUUGCACUUGCUCAAGCUCAUGAGACACGAGACAAGCUCAUGGCUUCGCAUUCAGAUCUAGCCGAAGAAGGAGCUAUACAAAUUGUGAUAAUAAAGACAACAGGAGAUAAGAUACAAAGUCAACCACUUGCAGACAUCGGUGGGAAAGGAUUGUUCACGAAAGAAAUAGACGAGGCACUGAUAAAUGGUGACAUUGACAUUGCCGUUCACUCAAUGAAAGAUGUUCCUACAUAUUUACCAGAGAAGACAAUCCUCCCCUGUAACCUUCCACGUGAGGAUGUUAGGGAUGCAUUUAUUUCCUUGAGUGCAGCUUCACUAGCAGAUCUUCCUGCUGGUAGUAUCAUUGGAACUGCCUCACUCAGAAGAAAGUCACAAAUACUCCACAGAUAUCCAUCACUCAGUGUGGAAGAAAAUUUUCGGGGCAAUGUUCAGACAAGGCUGAGAAAACUUAAUGAAGGAGUUGUAAAAGCAACGCUAUUGGCAUUAGCUGGACUUAAACGCUUAAAUAUGACAGAAAAUGUAACUUCCAUUCUUCCACUUGAUGACAUGCUUCCAGCAGUUGCCCAGGGUGCAAUUGGAAUUGCGUGUCGAAGCAAUGAUGAUAAAAUGGUUAAUUAUUUGGCUUCAUUGAACCACGAGGAAACAAGACUAGCAGUUGCAUGUGAGAGGGCCUUUCUUGAAACCUUAGACGGGUCCUGUCGUACUCCUAUCGCUGGAUAUGCUAGAAAAGAUGAAAAUGGUGAUUGCAUAUUUAAGGGGCUGGUUGCUUCUCCUGAUGGUAGACGUGUACUGGAAACUUCAAGAAAAGGUCCAUAUGCUUUUGAUGAUAUGAUUGCGAUGGGGAAGGAUGCCGGCAAGGAACUUCUUUCACAGGCAGGCCCUGGAUUCUUCGACCGAUGAGGAACUCGAUAAUAGCACAAGGAAGAAGCAAAAUCAAGGCUUUGUGUUUGAGUUUUAGGCCCAGCUGUCGACCAUUUUAGUGUUCAUUAAUUCUUCAAAGCUAUUUAAUUGUUGCAGCAUCACGGUUUAAUCUUUUGAGUUACUGUAAAGUAGAAGAGCGUGUUCAAUCGCUGACACGAUCACGUUAGGCUAUUGUAUCUUCAGAAGUAAUAGAAUUCGAAAUUUUUGGUGUUC